GUCGACUUGUUCCUGGAAGAGCCAGCCUGCGGAGUCAGUCACAUUCUUGGCUGGGAUUCAAUGAUUGAGCCAGACACUCACAAACACUGAGAGAGGGAUGCGAGAGAGAGCGAGAGGGAGAGGGGGGAGAGAGAGAGAGAGAGAGCGAGGGGGCAAGUGAGUGAGUGGGUGAGUGAGUGAGCGAGCGCAACCCAGCUCACAGACUAGCCAUCUCCACACAGGCGUAGCGAACUGCGUGGGUAAACGGAGUGUUUGCAUCGAGCUCUACUGCAGUAUUUCAAACUGAUUUUUGUAUGUGUUUUACACCUGUUACAUAGAGAGAAGGCUUUGCUUUUUCGGUCGAUACUUUUACAUAGAGAGAAGGCUUUGCUUUAUCGGUCGAUACUUUUUCUGGAACUUCAAAAGCGUAUCAUUCCUUUUUGGAGGAGUUUCAGAGGGACGCGUUUUAGAUAUGGACAGUCGGGAGUCUACUGCAUGGGAAGACUCGCCGGUGUCACCAUUUGCCUAGUAGGCUCCUAGUCAACGGAAUUGGAUACUCACUACCUGGGACUUUUUUUGUGGUUGUUUGAUGAAGCGCUUUUCGCACUUGACUGAUUCUGGGAUACCUUGGAUUUACAAGGAACCGGGACCUAUCGUGUCUUUCGAUUGUUUUAGUUUGCCCCAGUUGACAGGAACUCUCGCUUUCAAAGUCGUAGUGAAACCAUGGAGACUGUAACUCGACAAAGCUUCCAACCUCACCCAGGACUGCAACAAACUCUCAAGCAGUUUCAUCUGAGUUCUAUGAGCUCCCUCGGCGGACCGGCGGCUUUUUCUGCUCGAUGGCCACAUGACCUCCUGUUCAAGAAGGAUGGGAAAGAGCCCGAGCCCGUGCUGCAUCUGCCCAUGCAACCGCCGACAGUGAUGCCAGGGCCUCUCUUCAUCCCGUCCGACCGCUCCACUGAGAGGUGCGAGACGGUCUUGGAGACGGAGACUGUCUCCUGUUUCGUGGUCGGCGGCGAGAAACGUCUGUGCUUGCCGCAGAUCCUCAACACCGUCCUGCGGGAUUUCUCCCUCCAACAGAUCAACUCGGUGUGCGACGACCUCCACAUCUACUGCUCCCGGUGCACGGCGGAACAGCUGGAGAUCCUCAAAGUCAUGGGAAUUCUCCCAUUCUCCGCGCCUUCCUGCGGACUCAUCACCAAAACUGACGCGGAGCGCCUGUGCAAUGCACUGAUUUACGGGGGCACCUACCCGCCGCACUGCAAGAAAGAGUUCUCUGGCUCCCUGGAGCUGGAGAUCACGGAGAGAAGCUUCAAAAUAUACCACGAGUGUUUCGGAAAGUGCAAGGGUCUCUUCGUCCCGGAGCUGUACACCAGCCCAAACGCAGCCUGCAUUCAGUGCAUGGACUGCAGACUCAUGUACCCGACACAUAAAUUCGUGGUGCACAGUCACAAAUCGUUGGAAAACAGGACUUGCCACUGGGGCUUUGACUCUGCGAACUGGAGGGCAUACAUCCUAUUGGGCCAGGAUUACACAGGGAAAGAGGAGAAGGCGCGCCUGGAGCAGCAUUUGGACGAGAUUAAAGAGAAAUUUGACUUCGCCAACAAAUAUAAGAGGAAAGCAUCAAGGGUGAGUUGAAGUCAAUGUUACAAU